AUGGGCUCUCAACCUCAAGCAAAUAUCACCCUCUACACCAACCACAGAUGCCCUUUCGCGCACAGGGCACACAUCACCCUACAGGAACUCGGCCUUCCUUUCAAGGAGGAGAUCAUUGACCUGGACACUCCGCGCUCCCCAGAGUAUCUGCAGAUCAACCCGCGAGGCCUCGUUCCCACCAUUAUCCACAAUGGCGAGACCAUCACCGAGUCCGCCAUCGUCUCCCAGUUCCUCGUAGACGCCUAUCCCAAUAACACUCUUCUGCCCGCGUCCUCGGACCGCAAUGGGGCUCUGGUCCGAGCCAGGAUUAGCUUCUUUGCUGAUACCUACUCGAGCAAGGUCCAGCCGCAUAUCACCACGGCUAUCUACAGAGCGAAGACAGAUGACGAGAUCAACCAAGCUGCUGACGAUGCUCUUGCUGGUAUCGUCAAGGAGGUCGAGCCUCUUCUCAAGGACGCAGCUCCCUUCUUCGGCGGCAGCGAUAAGCUCACCUUUGCAGAGGUCCUCACAGCCCCAUUCGUCAUUCGACUGCUUUCCCUGUCCAAGCACGGCGCCCUGCCGACCAAUCUCGUCUCGCGGCUCGAGCAUGAGAGCCCUAACUUCUACCGGUGGGCGCAGGCCAUUGGCAAGAACGCCAGCGUCCUGAAGAUCUACGACGAGGACCAGAUUGUUCAGGGAACCAAGAAGAAGAGGGCCCAGUUGCAGGCACAGGCAUAG